AGCGGGAGAGGACACCGGGGUAGCCUCGGAUGCCGUCGCCCCCCUGCCCCCGCCGCCUUGCCGAGAUGAGGGAGGCGCCGCCCACAAACACCCCCGGGGGACCCCUCAGCCGAAAGCCCCGAGACCGCGGCCACGACGACGCGGCCGACGCCACCGACUCCUCGCCGCCCCCCUUCAGCUUCAGCAUCCACGACGCCUCCUAUGCGGUCAGCGAGCGGGUCGGGCCUUGGUGGACCGCCGGGGUCGGAGGGCAGAAGUGGACACGGCAGAUCCUGAAGGGCGUCUCGCUGUACCUGGAGAGCGGGCAGAUGCUGGGGGUCCUGGGGAGCUCAGGUUCCGGGAAGACCACGCUGCUGGACGCGCUGUCGGGGCGGCUGAGGCAACGGGGGACGUCGGUGGGGGACGUGUGUGUCAACGGCCACCCGCUGCGCCCCGACCGGUUUCAGGACUGCAUCUCCUAUGCCCUGCAGGAGGACACUUUGCUGGGCUACCUCACCGUCCGGGAGACCCUGAUGUACACGGCACAGCUGGUCGUCGGCACCGGUUCCCCUGACUUCUUCCGCAGGAAGGUAGAAUCGGUGAUGGCGGAGCUGAGCCUCAGCCACGCGGCGGACACGCUGAUCGGGAGCCAUGCGACCGGAGGCAUUUCUAAUGGCGAAAGGCGUCGCGUGUCCAUCGCGGCCCAACUCCUCCGGGAUCCGAAAAUCAUGCUGUUGGACGAGCCGACCACGGGGCUGGACUGCACGGCGUCGAGGCAGAUCGUCACGCUCCUGUCCACGCUGGCCCGCCGGGACCGGGUCGUCGUCCUCACCGUUCACCAGCCCCGCUCCGAGCUCUUCCAGCUGUUCGACAAGAUUGCCUUGAUGAGCAGCGGGGAGCUGGUUUUCUGUGGGACUCCCACCGAGAUGCUGGAUUUCUUCCGUGACUGCAGCUACCCGUGUCCCGACCACUCCAACCCGUUCGACUUUUACAUGGACCUGACGUCGGUGGACACGCAGAACAGAGAGCGUGAGCAGGAAACAACCCGGGGGGUCCAGCUGCUGAUCGCUGCCUUCCAGAACUCAGCUGCUUACCUCCACACCCUGGAGAGCAUCCAGAGAGCCAAGCGGCCAGAAUCCUCCCCGCCGACUCCCCUCAGGACCACCCAGCCGCCGGGGACCCUCUCGAAACUGGGAGUCCUGCUCAGGAGAGUCACGCGGAACCUGCUGAGAAACAAGCUGGCGGUGACCAUGCGCUUGUCUCAGAACCUCAUCUUUGGCUUGUUCCUGGUCUUCUGCCUCCUCCACGUGCAGAGCGACGUGGUGCGGGGGGCAGUGCAGGACCGCGUGGGGCUGGUCUACCAGUGUGUGGCGGCCACACCCUACACGGGGAUGCUCAACGCCGUCGCCCUGUUCCCGGCCUUGCGCGCCGUCAGUGACCGGGAGAGCCAGGACGGGCUGUACCAGAAGUGGCACAUGGCGCUGGCGUACAUGCUGCACCUCAUCCCCUUCAGCGUCAUCAGCGUGCUCCUCUUCAGCAGCUUCACCUACUGGACCGUGGGCCUGUAUCCCUCCGCCGCCAGAUUCGGCUACUUCUCAGCCGCCAUCCUGGUCCCGCACCUGAUGGGCGAGCUGAUGACCGUGGGGCUCCUGGCCCUGGUGCGAGACCCCAACAUGGUGAACAGCGCCGUCGCCCUGAUGAACAUCGCCGGCGUCCUGGUCGGGUCCGGGCUGCUGAGGAGCAUCGAGAAUACGCCCCUCCCAUUCCAAGUCCUCAGCUACCUCACCUUCCAGAAAUACGGCAGCGAGAUCCUCAUCGUCAACGAGUUCCAAGGGCAGAACUUCACGUGUGGCAGCUCCAACACGUCCAUCGCCACUUCCCCCUUCUGUGCCUUCAGCCAGGGCGACGUCUACAUCGAGCGAACCCGCCCCCAGGCUCCGGCCCGCUUCACCAGCGACUUCCUGAUUCUGUACGCCUUCGUGCCCGCCCUGGCCGCCCUGGGCCUGGCCGGCUUCAAGGUCAGGGAUCGCCUCAUCGGCCGGUAGAGAGCAGCCGCAUCUCCUCCAGCGGGGCCCCCGAGCGCUGCCCUCCGCCCACCCGGCAAUCUUCUCCACUCUGCAUCUUCAGUGACUUGGCCCGAUUCCGGCAUUGACUGCUGCCUCCAUGGCUGCUUCUCGCUCCAAAAACUUCCGUUGAGGACCCGAGUUGGCCCAGCGGGUGGUGGGCCUAGGAUAUAACCUCGGCCUCCCUCCAGGCCUCCACCGGGCCCUCGACCGAUCCAGCCCGCAGAUGGAAUCGAAAGUUUGGGAGAACUAGGGAAACUCCGAGGUGGUUCUGGUCCCCGAUGCACUGAGUUCCAGAUUUGCAGGAGAGGGCCCCCGUCAGAGAGCGGAGAAGGGGAGCUCUGCCGGAUUGCCACGGCCGGGCCUAAGGGUCAGGCUCUCCAGCCGCCUUUGGGCAAGUCACUUAACUUCUAGUAAUAAUAAUAAUGAUAACUGCUGUAUUUGUUAAGUGCUUAUUAU